CUUCAUUUUCAUUGCACUACUAAACUUAUAACUUAACGUUGUCUGACUCUACCUCAAAUAAUUUCAACACUCCAACACUGUGUGGCAGACCUCAUCUAAUUUUUCUCUUACUUCUUUGAAAAUUGAAAAUGAGCAGUGACAAAGAAGAUAUUGAAUUUUUAAAGGGCUGUCUGAAAAGCUAUCCGGACUUCCCCAAAAAGGGAAUACUAUUUCAGGACAUAUUUUCACUUUUGUCGCAACCAGAAGCUUUUGGCAAACUGAAAAAGCUACUUGUGUCCCGAGCCAAAACCGUCGCGCCUCAAAUUGAUGUUGUCGUUGGUUUGGACUCCAGAGGAUUUUUGUUUGGCCCAAUUAUCGCUCUUGAACUUGGGAUUCCUUUCCUGCCAGUCAGAAAGAAAGGGAAGCUCCCUGGCAAAAUUUUCACUGAGUCCUACCAGCUGGAGUAUGGAGAGGACAUCUUGGAAAUGCAGGACGGUGUGAUAAAAGAAGGACAAAAAGCUCUGAUUGUCGAUGACCUCAUCGCAACUGGAGGCACACUGGAAGCAGCCUGCAAGUUAGUCCAAAGAGCAGGAGGUUCAGUGUCUUGCUGCCUGGUCGUAAUUGAAUUGACUGAGCUUAGAGGCCGCGAAAAAUUAGUUGCGCCAGUAGAAUUUCUAAUGCAGUACUAAAAGCUGCAUUCGCUUCUUUCGCCCUAGGAUAAUUUGCUAUUUGGCAGCUUUGUUUCAUAGAAAUGUUUUAGAUUUAUGUGGUAAAAAAUUUCAUAAUUUAGCCCAGUCGCCACUUCCACUUUACUUUUAAAUUUGUAAAUUCUAGACAUGAGUUCAUAACAUUCAUACGAAGGAAUUGUAUCUAAAGUUUCUAACAUAAUCUCAAGUGGUAGAUCUUGCACAGUCUUAUCACAGGCUCAAUUUAUUUUGUUGUGUAAUUUUUGUUAUUUUAAAUCUCCUGCACCAAUUUAAAACAUUAUAAGACACCAGUUUGGUUAAAUUGUUUAGAUCGUUUUGCCAUUGUGGUUUCUUCAAACAUUCCGUUCCACUAUCUUCCAACAAGGAAACAAAAGACGUUGAAAAUGAUAUAUUACGCGAUAUUUUCUAUGAAAUUUCCUUGUGAUAGUGGAAUUAUGCCAGUAGCAGGAGAUAAAUAAUGAUGAAUUGCAUUGUAACAUUUCCAACCGGUGAUAAUACAAAGUGACACCAAAUUGCAUGCUAUUUCUUCUGCUUUGCGCAUUUUCGCAAAACUGCACAACUACCAUGCCUAGAUCUGUCUACGGUCAACGAAAAAUAACAUAAAAUAUCUUGUGUCAAUGGAAUUUUAAUGCAAAUGCAUGGCUUUCAAGAAGUUUUUAUCUUAUCUUUAUCAAUGAGAUAAGAAUAAUGUGUCAUUAGACCAAAAAAUAAGUUAUGAAGUUUUAUUCCCAUCUUGAAGUGCUUGUUAGAGAUAAUUUACUUAUUGUUGAGCUCAAUUUACUGCCAGCGUGGUGCUAUAUUGUGAACUAAAGAAUAUUUAAGUUAGACAGCCACAAAAUGUAUGCUCAAUUUAGUAUUUUCUUAAUAAAUAGCCACAUAUUUUUCCAA